UCCCCACGGCUGGGGAUGUUGGGGAAGGGGCUUUUCCUGGCAGCUGCUGCAAGCGCCUCUCCUUCUCCUCCGGCACCGAGCUGCGGGGGAUCUGGUGAGCUGAAGGCUGGGGAAGCGCAGAAGCGCUUCUUCAGGAGCUCUUGGCAGCCCGAUGCUGCUCCGGCUGGGGGUGAUAUCCUGCAUGCAGCGCAUUCAGGGGGGAGCCGAGAGGGUCUGUGCUCCCAGAUGGGCUGCCUCCCUCUCCUUCUCUGUGCCCAGCAAGGCGCUGCGUCCUCCCAGACAGCAGCGAGUGUUUCGUUCAGCAGCCCGAGGGUGCUGGGGGGGAUGGCAGGAUGGCAGGCAGGGAGGUGUUUUCCCAUCGGCUCCGCCAGCCCGAGGACCUGAUGCAAUAAGUCUCCGGACUGCCUGGAGCUGCUGCCGCUGGAGUCCAUGGCGUACACCGUGACUCCCACGCCAGCGGGGCCUGUUGGCUCCCAGUACUGCGUCUGCAAAGUCGAGUUGUCUGUCUGUGGCCAAAACCUUCUGGACAGGGAUGUCACUUCCAAAUCCGACCCCUUCUGCGUCCUCUUCAUGGAAGUCAACGGGAAGUGGGUGGAGCUCGACAGGACAGAGACAGCUGUGAACAACCUCAACCCGGCCUUUUCCAAGAAGUUCAUCGUCGACUACCACUUUGAAGAAGUGCAGAAGCUCAAGUUUGCCCUGUUUGACCAGGACAAGUCGAGCAUGCAGCUGUAUGAGCAUGACUUCCUGGGGGAAUUCUCCUGCACACUGGGCACGAUUGUCUCCAGCAAGAAAAUAACACGGACUCUCCUUCUGGGCAACGGGAAGCCGGCUGGGAAAGGGAUGAUAACGAUAGCGGCCCAAGAGCUCUCGGAUAACAGGGUGAUUACUCUGAGCAUGGCCGGCAGAAAACUGGAUAAAAAGGACCUGUUCGGAAAGUCAGACCCCUUCCUGGAGUUUUAUAAACCGGGUGACGAUGGGAAAUGGAUGCUGGUCCACAGAACAGAGGUGAUCAAGUACACGUUGGACCCCGUCUGGAAGCCGUUUACUGUGCCUUUGGUGUCACUGUGCGAUGGAGAUGUAGAGAAGCUGAUAAAGGUGAUGUGUUACGACUAUGACAGUGAUGGGGGACACGACUUCAUCGGGGAGUUCCAGACCUCGGUGGCCAAGAUGUGCGAAGCCCAAGAUGCCUUUCCGCUCGAGCUAGAGUGCAUUAACCCCAAAAAGCAAAAGAAGAAAAAGAAUUACAAGAACUCUGGGAUCAUCAUAGUCAAGUCCUGCAAAAUAACCAGAGAUUUCUCCUUCCUGGACUACAUCCUGGGAGGCUGCCAGCUGAUGUUUACCGUCGGGAUCGACUUCACAGCCUCCAACGGGAACCCGCGAGACCCCUCCUCUUUGCACUACAUCAACCCCAUGGGGACAAACGAGUACUUGUCGGCGAUCUGGGCUGUCGGCCAGAUCAUCCAGGACUACGACUCAGACAAGAUGUUUCCUGCUCUGGGAUUCGGCGCUCAACUCCCCCCGGACUGGAAGGUAUCCCACGAGUUUGCCAUUAACUUCAAUCCCACGAACCCGUUCUGUUCAGGUGUGGAGGGCAUUGUCCAAGCGUACUCGGCCUGCCUGCCCCACAUCCGCUUCUACGGACCCACCAACUUCUCCCCCAUCGUCAACCACGUGGCCCGCUUCGCGGCUCAGGCCACCCAGCAGGAGGCUGCAUCUCAAUACUUCAUCCUCCUCAUCAUCACGGACGGGGUGAUCAGCGACAUGGACGAGACGAGACACGCCGUGGUGCAGGCGUCCAAGCUGCCCAUGUCCAUCAUCAUCGUCGGGGUGGGCAACGCUGACUUCGCCGCCAUGGAGUUCCUGGAUGGGGACAGCCGGGUGCUGCGCUCCCACACCGGCGAGGAGGCCGUGCGCGACAUCGUCCAGUUCGUGCCCUUCCGGGAUUUCCGCAAUGCCCCCAAGGAGACCCUGGCCAAGGCUGUGCUGGCGGAGCUGCCCCAGCAGGUCGUGCAGUACUUCAAGCACCGAAACCUGCCGCCCAUCAACUCGGAGCCCGCAUAGAGCCGCGUCCUUCUGCAUGCCGCUGAAGCCCUCCCGAAAGCGCAUGGUCCACAUGCUUUUUAAGAGAAGAAUACCCUCCCCGAAACACUUUGUACUUCUUAAUUUAAUUGCUAAGUUCUUAAAACUCAUCCCAGAGAAGCGUCUGGAUUCGUUUUGUACAGUCCCGCCCGAGGUAACACUAAGCGGCCCGGCCAUGCCCUGGCCCUGCUCUGUUGAGUCACUUUUCAGUAUUGAAUGUACUUUGUAUAAUUUCAGUGGAACAGGAUACAAUUUUUACAAUCAAAACUUGCUUUUUCCAAGCAACGAAAGGCUUAAUAUAUUAUUCUCAUUCGAUGAACUGGUCAUUGUAUAGUUCCUGUAUCUAUGUCGUACCUGUACCUCUGUCACGCCCUACGUUCAUUUUUAUACUGUGUACAUGUUAUAUUUGUUAUACUCAGGUUAAUAAAGAAACUUGGACAUUUAAAACAAGGGUCUCCUAGACAGGAAGGUCUGGGAACGUGGGUGUUCGUGUCACCCUGGGAUUAGCCCCAGGCCAUCGAUGGCAGCGCCGUGCCGGAGAGUGACUGAAGGUGGAGGUGACCAUGGAUGUCCCGAGGAGGGCAGCACCCCCUCAGCCCCCGUCAAGCUCUCGGUGCCCGCCUGAGCCGAGGGCAGGGGCUGGUGCAUGCGCGUGCUUGGGAGAACACCACUGAACCCACACCAGACAGGCAGAGGGAGUUUCACGGUUCACCGCUGCUUCAUCUCCGGAAUUUUUUCCGAGCAACAAAAGCUCCCUGCUGCCUGGAGGAGAGGGGCUGGGAAACGACAUCCCGGGCUCCGGCAGCUCUGUGGAGCUGCUCAUCAGCAGCGUGUGCGUCUUCAGCACUAAUUGCUGCCUUCUCCUCUAGUUAUAGAUUCAGGUCUUUUGAAGCUGGCAGGUAGAAUUGGAUCCGUUGCGGGGAUCACCAGCCUUACUCUGAACUCGGGGCGAGCUGGCCUCCCUUCUCCCCAUCAGCCAAAGCGCUUGCGGUAGGAGGUCGGUGUCUCUGUGCAAAGCCCGGAGCCAAUUUGCGCACACGAGUGCUGCUGGCCAUGCUGGCUGCCACCGACCAGCGCUAGCGAGUGGGCGGUUGCCACGCGCGGUGGCCACGGAGCCACCAGCAGGCAGACUGCCCCACUCCGCCAAAGCACGGCGGCAAGGCUGACGGAGAGGCCCCAAGCCAGCUCCAAGCAUGGCCCUGGGCGAGAGCCCAUCCCUCGGGAGAGGUGGGCCCGCUCCGUGAAAACAUUUGCCAUGCAAACCCCCUGGAAAGGGAAAAACCCCAACCCACACCACCCCUUUCCCAACGGAGAGGCAGCCUUUGAAGGGUGGCUCGUUCAAAAAUCAUGCUGUGUAUGGCUCAGCUUCCAGAUCAAAGCCUGUGGCUCUGGAAAAAGACGAUUAUUUUUUUUUUCUUUCCAUAAGAGAACCUCACAUGCAGCUGCACUGGCUCGUAAGCGCUUCUGCUAGUAAAGCGUUUGUGGGGGUUUGUCUUUGGGUUGUUUUUUUUUUUUUAACACCUCUCUGAAGCUUUAACAACUAAGACAGACAACAAGCAGUUUACGAAGCUGUCCCUGGGGAGGGGAUGAAGCACACGCCAUGCAGUCAUGGCAAAGAGAGAACAGUCUUUAAAAGAAAAAAAAAACACCAAUAAUAAAAUAAAAUAAACCAAACAAAACCCCCCAAAACAUCUAAAUCCACCACUAGAAUGACAGAGCUGCUGGAGCCAGCCGUUCUCCUCCAGCACAUCGGCCCCGCGGCAAGGUUACUGCCACAGCUGCCGUCUCCAGAAGGUCUGAUUUAUCCUCCAUCCCUCGUGCUACGUCCCAGCAUGUGUCUCACUGCAUUUCGGUAACUUAAUGUCAGAUGACUUUUAACCGUAAGAAGGUAAACGGGACCAAGGGAUGGAGUGAGGAGCUGGGACAGCUCUGCCGAGCGUUCACGGGGGCCGGGCCCUGAGAAGAGCAGAGGUGACUCGGACUCAAAGGCUUGUGCGAGCUCAAGGCGUUCCCUGAGCACCCUAAAAGAAAGCGGGGCGCUCUCAGGCCUGCUUUUAACCUAAUUACAGCUCCUCCUGGCCAUGCAGGGUCCAGCAUAACCACCAUCACCCCCUCCGGGUCCCACCUGCAGCCCCUGUGGACCACCACCACCUCUGCCCACAACUGGCUGCCAAAUGCCGCUAAAAAUUUCUGGCCAAAUCAGCCGUUUUGACUGCAGUUGCACUAAGCAUCACUCAGGAAAAGGGCCCCAGCGUGCUCCCAGCCAGGCCAGGCUGCUCCGACUCUGCAGAGGAGUUACUGAUCUAGCUUAAUGCCAGGGAAGGACACCUACAUCUCUCACUCCAACCGCUCAGGGCUCUUACAGAUGGGACUUUCAAGAAAAACAGGCAUUUUUUUUUUUUGUGCACCCCUUCUGUACCGCUCCAUAGCUAAGUAUGAUGAAAGUCAUUCAAAGCAAAGCACUAGGGAGGCGGUGAGAGCUCUCACUAUUUUCCACCUGAAAGCGCCAUAAUUAGAGUAGCUGGAGAAGAGACAGGAGCAGCUCUGGAGCAAACACGAGAGAGGGGCCAGGCACCCAGGAGAACAGGGGAGGAAUUACAGUGUGGUUUUAAGGAUCGGAUUGUGGAACAGGGUUGCGCAAACAGAAAGGGUAUUUUGGCUAAGGAUAGCUUCAGCGUGAGCCUAACUCUUCUUGUCUCCUUUGAGGAAGUUCCAACACUCAAGCCAAGGCAUGACUCCUACUACAGGCCUUCAGGGUUCGUUCCUUUUCUCCCAGCUGCUCUCUUCCGAGUUGCAGAGUUCAGGUAACUGCCCUUCGGUCCGCACGCAUCGGCUGCUUUCUCAGAAGCGCGCACACUUCGGAGUAGUACGUAGCGCAGGACUGCUGUGAAGGAGAGUCACAAAGGCUCUUCCACCUCUGAGCGGCCGCGCGGAGCUGUUCCACCCCACUGACCUCCCGCCAGCACUGUCUGCACACAGAUGAAAAGGACGGGCCGCCAGUCUUUCACAGCCUACUUCUUGCUUAUGCCUGGCUCCCCGCUCCACACCACCCAUAAGCAUUCCCAUGUCAGGUUUCCUAAAUCCAGCACAACUUCAAAAACCACUGCCAAGGACGGUGGAGUUCUCCAGCUUCCACACAAAGAGGUCUGACUGAACGGGGGUAUCCCACCCACUCCGCACUCAUGCUCGUCAGGACGCUGCCGCAGGAAAGCUGAAGGACCUGUCGAGCGCCGGUGCCAAGAGGGAUGGCUUUGAGCAGAAGAGCCAACUGCAGCUCCUCUCAACCCACUCAGAACAAGAGUCUUCCAUCACCAUC